GGAACCGGAAACGGGAUGGGGAGCUGGACCAGGCUAGGGUGAGAAAAUAGGUUUAUCAAGCUGUUGUGUCAACCUUGAGUUCUCAUCUUGGAGAAGAGGUCACAGAUGACCCAGGCAGAAAGUUGAGAGGAAGGAAUGACAAUGGUUCUUGUCGCAUGGGAGAUGCAGAUAUGAUGGCCACAGACCCAGAGCCUGGAAAACAAGCAGAGUGCAGAGUGGGCAGCUGAGCCUUGAGUGAACUCAGGAUAUAGAAGUGGAGAGGGAUCCAUCAGGAGUGCCUCCUUGGUGACAGCGGCAUGGCCAUAGGCCCCAGGCUUUCCUGCUGGGGUCCAUCCAUGAGCCUGCAGGUGCCCUGAUGGAGCCCCAGCCCUGCCCUGGAAGCUUGGCUGAGAGCUUCCUGGAGGAGGAGCUUCGGCUCAGUGCUGAGCUGAGCCAGCUGCAGUUUUCGGAGUCUGUGGGUGUCAUCUACAAUCCCUUGGAGUAUGCAUGGGAGCCACAUCGCAACUACGUGACUCGCUACUGCCAGGGCCCCAAGGAAGUGCUCUUCCUGGGCAUGAACCCUGGACCUUUCGGCAUGGCCCAGACUGGGGUGCCCUUUGGGGAAGUAAGCAUGGUCCGGGACUGGUUGGGCAUUGGGGGGCCUGUGCUGACCCCUUCCCAAGAGCAUCCUAAACGACCAGUGCUGGGACUGGAGUGUCCACAGUCAGAAGUGAGUGGUGCCCGAUUCUGGGGCUUUUUCCGGAACCUCUGUGGACAGCCUGAGGUCUUCUUCCAUCACUGUUUUGUCCACAAUCUAUGCCCUCUGCUUUUCCUGGCUCCCAGCGGGCGCAACCUCACCCCUGCUGAGCUGCCUGCCAAGCAGCGAGAACAGCUUCUUCGGAUCUGUGAUGCAGCCCUCUGCCGGCAGGUGCAGCUGCUGGGGGUGCGGCUGGUGGUGGGCGUUGGGCGACUGGCAGAGCAGCGGGCACGACGGGCUCUGGCAGGCUUGAUGCCAGAGGUCCAGGUGGAAGGGCUCCUGCAUCCCUCUCCCCGUAACCCACAGGCCAACAAGGGCUGGGAGGCAGUGGCCAAGGAAAGAUUGAAUGAGCUGGGGCUGAUGCCACUGCUGUUGAAAUGAGUGCCCCUGGGGCCUUGUAUGGGACACAUUCAAGACCUCGAAGUCACUCUUGGCCGCACAGAUGACAACACAUCUCCUGGACUGGAGCAAAAGGUCCUUCUGUGCUCCCUGGUCGCUGGGAAAUGUAUUCUUUGAUCUGUUGAACUGUCUUCCAACCUGCUGUGGCAGUUUUGACACUACUCCUGUUUGCCCUCCUGAUUCCUGCUUUCUUUACCUUUGAACAUUGCCCCUUUCAGGGGACCCCACUUUGUAGGGAAUCCGCAGAAGGUGUGCUUUUGCACUUGCAGACUGCUCUACCUCAGUGUUUCCUCGGGACACCAUUCAGCUGAGAGUGCCCUAGACAGUAACUUCCAAGGUCACAUUUACUAUUUCCAUGGAAGCACCUUGCCAGGAUACCUACCCAUCCUUAUAGAACAGCCACCUUCAGCUGACCCCUUUCCUCACAGGGACCAAGACAAAGCAUGGGACAUGAAAUUAAGAGUGAACUUCUUAUGGGAGGCUGCAGCUGAAUUAGAGGAAAAAUGCAGUGUGGCAGAGUGAAAGUCAGAAGACCUAGCUUUUCAUCCCAGCUUUGAGACUUGGAACUUUUUUUUUUUUUUUUUUUUGAGGCGGAGUCUGGCUCUGUCGCCCGGACUGGAGU